GAAGAUGAUGAUGAUGAGAGAUAAUGAGAGAGAAAGAAAAAGUCCUCCCUUAGAAUUAAAUCUUCUUCCACCAUCGAGGAUAAAACUACAAUUUAAUUGAAUUGAUUACAAGUGAAUUAACGUGUGUUUACCUGAUCAUCAUCUUCGUCAUCUUCUUGUCAUCAUCUCUCUUUCUCUUCUCUCUCUAUCGAUUUGUUUUCUUUAUGGAAACAAAAUCAUUUUAAUUUACCUUCUUCUCUCUGUUGUUUUGUUUUGUUUUUUUUCUCUCUCUCUCUGUUUCCUUUUACCUUCACUUUCUCUUUAACAUUUGACCUCAACGUUGACCUUAACAUUUGAUUAAAUCUCGGAACUAAUUAAACUAAUCCAGUGCCAAAUCUAUUUCUGGAUAACAUUGAAUAUUUUGUUAACUGUUUUCUUUUUUCUCCUCUGUCUCUUUUUCUGUCUUCAUAUUUUUUUCUCUUAUUUUUUUUUUCUUCCAUCAAAAUGUCUUCACCUUUUCGUGGUUCCCAGUUAACUAACAAAUUAUCUCGCCGAUUCUAUCGUAUUGAAGGUUUACAAGAUCAAAAUCUUGACCAAGGAGCUUUUGUUGACCAAUUGAAUCCAUUCUGCUUCGAGAUCGCAUGGGAAGUCUGUAACAAAGUCGGUGGUAUUUACACUGUUAUUCGUAGUAAGGCACCGGUCAGUGUUGAAGAAUUGGGUGACCAGUAUUGUCUCAUUGGUCCUUACAAGGAGCAUUGGGUCAAGACUGAGGUUGAACUAUUGGAACCAACUGAGAGCUAUUGGAAGGAGACAAUUGAAAGUGUUGCUGCCCAUGGAAUUAAAAUCUAUUAUGGUCGGUGGUUAAUCGAUGACCCUCAGGUCAUUCUGGUUGAUCUUGAUUCGGCUUCAUGGAAAUUGGCUGAAUGGAAACACGAUUUUUGGAAUGUAUGUUCCAUUGGUAUUCCUAAUACCGAUAUUGAAUCAAAUGAUUCAAUUCUCUUUGGUUAUUGUGUCGCUUGGUUUUUGGAAACAUUUUAUACCAAAGUUGCCGCUGCUCGAGAUAUUAGUUCACCGCUUCUAGUUGCUCAUUUCCAUGAAUGGUUAGCGGGUGUUGGCCUCAUCUUAUGUCGAACAAGACAUCUUGAUAUAUCGACCAUUUUUACUACUCAUGCGACACUUUUGGGUCGCUAUUUAUGUGCUGGUGCUGUUGAUUUUUACAACAAUCUUGAUAAGUUUAACUUGGAUAAGGAAGCCGGUGAUCGGCAGAUUUAUCAUAGAUAUUGUAUUGAGAGAGCAGCGGCUCAUUCGGCUCAUGUUUUUACCACCGUUUCGGAAAUUACUGCCAUCGAAUCGGAACAUUUACUCAAACGUAAACCCGAUGUUGUUACUCCAAAUGGUUUAAAUGUUAAACGAUUUCAUGCUAUCCACGAGUUUCAAAAUCUUCAUUGUAAAGCAAAAGAGAAGAUCAAUGAAUUUGUUCGUGGUCAUUUCCAUGGUCAUUAUGAUUUCGAUUUAGAUAAGACAUUGUACUUUUUCAUCGCUGGUCGUUACGAAUUCUCAAACAAAGGAGCCGAUCUUUUCAUUGAAAGUUUAGCACGACUCAAUCACGAAUUAAAGGUUCAUAGACCUGACACAACUGUAAUUGCCUUCUUAAUUUUACCCGCUCGAACCAACAAUUUCAAUGUUGAAUCGUUGAAAGGUCAAGCAAUUGCCAAGCAAUUUAGGACCACAGUUGAAGAGGUGAAAGAUGCAAUUGGCACACGAUUAUUUGAAUCUGCCCUUAGUGGAAAUAUGCCAAGGGAUCAGCUCCUUCAAUCAGAUGAUAUUGUUAAACUUAAAAGGUGUAUUCUGUCCGCUUCAAGGUCAACACUGCCACCGAUUUGUACACACAACAUGCUCGAAGAUUCAGCUGAUCAGGUACUUGCCGCUAUCCGUCGAUGUAAAUUAUUCAACAACCGAAGUGAUCGAGUUAAAGUUAUCUUUCACCCGGAAUUUUUAUCCUCAACUAAUCCAUUAUUCAGCAUGGAUUAUGAGGAAUUUGUUCGAGGCUGUCACCUUGGUGUUUUCCCUUCAUAUUAUGAGCCCUGGGGCUAUACACCAGGUGAAUGUACCGUAAUGGGAAUACCAAGUGUCACAACAAAUCUUUCCGGGUUCGGUUGUUUCAUUGCCGAUCAUGUGGCCGAUCCAAUGUCCUAUGGUAUCUAUAUAGUUGACCGACGAUUUAAAAGUCCAGAAGAAUCGGUUCAACAAUUAACUCAACAAAUGUACGAUUUUUGUUCACUAACAAGACGCCAACGGAUCAUUCAACGAAAUCGUACCGAAAGACUGAGUGAUCUUUUAGACUGGAAAAGUCUUGGAGUGUAUUAUGCAAGAUCCCGAAGACUUGCCGUUCAUCGCGCUCACCCUGAACUCCUUCCCGAAGAUGAAUUCGAGGAGAGACUUCAAAUCAAAUAUCCUCGACCCUUCAGUGAGCCUCCCUCACCGCGUCGAUCUCGAGCUAUGACUCCCGCUCCAUCGAUACCCGCCAGCGACGACGAUAGUUCAGAUGACGAGUUUCGUGAUUAAUUUGAUUUCAAUGAAUGACAAUUAACUUUUAAAAUGAUUAACCAAAUUAACAAUUGUAAUAAUAAUGAUUUAACAAACUACAAUUAACUGGAUCAACUUUCAAUUUUCUGUCAAUUAAAAAUAUGAAAAAGUUAAAUGAAAA